UCUUUCGUUUUUUACAGAGAGAAGGGAGGAGAAAGAGAGAAGAAUUGUCAAACAUUACCCGUUGCUCUGGUCAAUGGUUGAUAACCCCCCCUCUCUCGCCCUCUCUCUAAACACGCUCUUUCUCUCUGAAAAGUCUAUCUAUUCAACUUAAGCUCCCUCUCUCUCUCUUUCUUGCUGGGGUCGUUGAAGGGUUCUCUGAAGGAGCUGUAAUUCUAACAGAACUUGAUUUAUUACAUAAAAGGUUGAGUUUUGUUAAAGGGUUAGUCUUUGCGUUUGGUUUCUGGGUUUCAUCAAUCCAGGCUUCUUGGUUCAGAGAGAAAUGGCACAACGUUCACAUGUACCAAAGUUUGGUAAUUGGGAAAGUGAAGAGAAUGUUCCAUAUACGGCCUAUUUUGACAAGGCUAGGAAGGGUCGAACCGGAGGGAAGAUGAUAAAUCCAAAUGAUCCCCAGGAGAACCCUGAUUUAGUUUCUGAUUAUGCAGCUCCAGAUCAAGCCCCUCCUUUUAGAGCCAAAGCUCCACCAGAGGAAGCAGCAGGGCAGGGAGCUGUUAGACAAGCACAUGAGCAUAGAACGAGCAGGGAAGAAAGUGAUCUGAAACAGUUCGCUAAUUCUCCAGCACGCAAUGAAAAUUUGAACCGCAGAGCUAGUUAUGAGCCAGCCCCUCAACGUUAUGGGGGACGGGGACCAAGCUUUGGUGAAGCCCAUAAACGACCGGCAAGAUACAGUAUUGGGUCUGAAAACAGUAUGGAGCAAUCCCCAAUCCAUAACCAUGCCAGGAUUUCUGGGAGAAACAGUGGAGCUCCAUCACCUUCCUGGGAAGGAAAAAAUUCAAACGACGGUAGUCAUGGAACUCCUGGAAGAUCCCGACUGAGACCAAAAGGCGAUGAAAGUCCUGAUAAGGGAGCUGCUGUUCCGAAAUUUGGUGAUUGGGAUGAGAACAACCCUUCAUCAGCUGAUGGUUAUACUCACAUUUUCAACAAAGUGAGGGAGGAAAAGCAAAUUGGGGAAGGGAAGAUGCCUGGCAUGCCUACCGAGUCUUCCAAUGCCUAUGUUCGUAAGCAAACCCCAAGUGACAGCGCUAAGUGUUGCUGUUUUCCAUGGGGCAGAAACUGAGGCAUUUCAAAUUGUGGUAAAUUAUGAGGUUUCUGGGGCUUGUAGAUACUUUGGAGGAUCACUUCAUGGAGUAACCUCUUUAUUUGUGUGGACUUUGUGAUGGUAAACAAAAUGUGUAAUGGAAAUGUAGUCCUCCUUAAUUCCUUAUUGUUUUUACUUUUACAUGAUUUUCACCGAAGUCUGUUAUUUAGCUUCCAGUUUCACUAUUAUAUUUGGCUAUAAAGAACCUCAUAGAGAUUCUUUUA